AUGAUUGGAGACUCACUUCCGGAAUACAUCUUCAUCCAACUUUCCAUCUUCUUUCUCCGUCUUGUCGCACCUCUCAGCAUCCUCUAUACCCUCGCCAGCUGGUAUUCUGGACAACUUCUAUUUUCCCCGUGGCUGGGAUACUACUCACUCACUGAAGCCGCUUUCUAUCUUUGCGUGUACCUGCCGAGGAAUGUGUACUUACAGAAGACUGUCGAACGACCCCCUCUGCUACCUCGAUCGGAGCGCGAGGCACUCUUCACCAAGUGCUUCUCCUCCGUACGGGACACGGACAUGGCUACAGGCUGGUUCUACUCUGUCCCGAUAUCCGCUAUCAAACGGGACAAUAUGAUAGAAUGGUUAUGUUGGGCGCUCUUCGGCACCCGCAGGGACGGCCUGCUGAAAGAGUGGGAAGAGGAAAUUGAAGGAUACCUAGCGAAAAUAGAGAAUUUCCAGGGUCACAAGUAUGAAUCCGGGUGGAACAAUGCAGUUCAGUGCAUGAAGGUCUCGCUAGAUCCGGUUGUCUCGUUGCAUCGACCCCUCCUCUGGUAUCUUAUUGUCGCAGUCGUUGAUACUUAUACAGGACUACUCUUGACCUUCGCUGGCUUCCGACACUUUGGCAAUACCAAAUCACUGUGCUGCUUCCCUCCUAGAUUGGCCGCCUUGUGCUCACAGCGUUCCCCGGAUCCUGAUAUUGUGUACUGGUACCGCCCACAUCGCUCCAAGACGAAGUUGCCAAUACUCUUCCUUCAUGGCAUCGGAAUUGGUCUUUGGCCCUACUGUGCCUUCCUCAACGACAUCAUCGCGGCUGAUCCGGAUGUGGGCAUUAUCGCCAUCGAGAACCUCUGCAUCAGUAUGCGGAUCUACGAAGCCCCACUAACUCGGGACGCCAUGCUCGCCGCGAUCACGCGUAUACUUGACUUCCACAACGUCACGCGCGUUGUCGUGGCAGCGCACUCCUAUGGCACCAUCCCCGCAGCGCACCUCCUGCGCGACCGGGUGCUCAGCACCCGCAUCGCGGCGUCGCUCCUCGUCGACCCAAUACCCUUCCUCCUCCACCUCCCCGCCGUCGCGUACAACUUCGUCUACCGCAAGCCGCGCACGGCUAACGAGUUGCAGCUUUGGUAUUUCGCGAGCCGCGACCCGGACAUCUCGCGUACACUGGCGCGGCAUUUCUUCUGGUCCCAGAAUCUGUUGUGGAAGGAGGAUCUGGAUGGCAGACGGGUAGGUGUUGUGCUAAGCGGACGGGACCAGGUUGUCGAUACGAGAAAGGUGCGGAAGUACCUGACUGGCCAGGACGAUUUGCAGUUCAGGUGGCGCGAUCACACGCUGGAGGUGCUGUACUAUCCCGACAUUGACCACGCUCAGGUUUUUGACACCAAAGAGCGGCGGAAACCAAUGAUUGAUAUCAUAUCCAGGUUUGUGAAGACUAACGCUCACUCCUAG